CACAUGCUGCGCCACACGAGCAAUCUGGCCUGUGCGCGUACGCAGCUGUCGCUGUGUUGCGUCACCCAAUACUGCCAUGAACUCCAAACUAUUGCUGCUACUCUUCCUCGCCCUCCCUGUCCUCCCAGCGCGCUGCAGCUCGGCGCCACCGCGGUCCGUCCACCUCGAGCUCGUCCGCGUCGAUGCAUUGGUGUCCACCAACCUCACCGAACACGAGCUCCUCCGGAGCGCCGUGCAGCGCAGCCUCGACCGGCCGGGGAGCAUAGGGCGCCCCGGAGUAGACACGGGCGGUCGCAAGGCCGCCACGGCCGAGGCCCCGCUGCUGCCCGGCGGGGGCGAGUACCUGGUGAAGCUCGGCAUCGGCACGCCGCAGCACUUCUUCUCGGCGGCCAUCGACACCGCCAGCGACCUCGUCUGGAUGCAGUGCCAGCCCUGCGCCAGCUGCUACCGCCAGCUCGACCCCGUCUUCAAUCCCAAGCUCUCCUCCUCCUUCGCCGUCGUGCCGUGCAGCAGCGACACGUGCGAUCAACUAGACGAACACAGAUGCCGCGACGAAGGCGACGAAACGGCGUGCCAGUACACCUACAAGUACAGCGGGAACGCGGCAACGAAGGGGACCCUGGCCAUGGACAAACUGGCCAUCGGCAGCGACGUGUUCCACGGCGUCGUCUUCGGCUGCAGCGACUCCAGCGUCGGGGGCCCGCCUCCGCAGGCGUCGGGGCUGGUCGGCCUCGGCCGCGGGCCGUUCUCGCUGGUGACCCAGCUCUCGGUGCGGCGGUUCAUGUACUGCCUGCCGCCGCCCAUGUCCAAAAGCGCGGGAAAGCUCGUGCUCGGCGCGGACGCGGACGCCCUCCGUAACGCGUCGGACCGGGUCGCCGUCACCAUGUCGUCGAACCCGCGGUACCCGUCCUACUACCACCUCAACCUCGACGGGCUCGCCGUCGGCGACAAGACCCCACGGCGCCUGAACAGGAACGCGACGUCGCCGGCGACAGUGGGCGGCCGCGCCGACGCGCACGGGAUGAUCGUGGACAUCGCGUCGACGAUCACGUUCCUGGAGGCGUCCCUGUACGAUGAGCUGGCGAAUGAUCUGGAGGAGGAUAUCAGGCUGCCCCGCGGCACGGCGUCGCGCCUGGGCCUGGACCUCUGCUUCAUCCUGCCGGAGGGGGUGGGGAUGGACAGGGUGUACGUGCCGUCGGUGUCGCUGUCGUUCGACGGGCGGUGGCUGGAGCUGGAGAGGGACCGGCUGUUCGUGGAGGACAGGGCCGGUAGGAUGAUGUGCCUGAUGAUCGGCAAGACGACCGGGGUGUCCAUCCUGGGCAACUUCCAGCAGCAGAACAUGCAGGUUCUCUACAACCUGCGCCGGGGGAAGAUCACCUUCGCCAAGACCAGCUGCGAAUACGUGCCAUAGAUGCACUAAAAAAAAAAAAAAAACCGUGCCGUAGAUAGGAUCCACAUGGAUUGGGACUUCAUCGCCUGAUCUUGUAUUCAGUACCGUGAUUUUAGUAAAAUUGCACAU